AUGGCGCGUGGUGGUGGUCCUGUCUUGAACACCAUUGGGGCUAACCCCUACAACGCGGCCCGCACCACUCCGCCGGACUUCGUCCAGUGCGAGCUCUGCGACCGUAGGAUCCCCUUCAGGAAUUGGGGCGAACACAAGAACUCCAAGAAGCACCGCGCGUACGACGACAAUGAUCGUCGCGACAAGGACAAGGAGAACGGCGGCAACUUCAACUCAGGUGGCGACUUCUCCGGUGCUCAAGAUACCUGGGGUCAGGCUGAUGGCGGCAACAACGAGACUGCUGGUGCUACGCGUGGCACUGGUCGUGAAUGCCAUGGCUGUGGUGAAGAGGGCCACAUCAAGCGUGACUGUCCCAAGUCUGCUGGCGGUGGUGGUCGUGCUUGCUAUGGCUGCGGUCUCGAGGGGCAUCAGAAGCGUGACUGUCCUAAUGGUGGUGGCGGUGGUAACGACCGUGCCUGCUUCAAUUGUGGGAUGACCGGACACCGCAAGGCCGACUGCACUGAGUCCCCUAAGCCUCGCGAAGGUGGAGACAGUGGUCAGCAGUGCUUCAACUGCUACCAGUACGGUCACCGCAAGACCGAGUGCCCCAACGAGCGUGUCAUGAAGUGCCGCAACUGCGACGAGAUUGGUCACGAGUCCCGCAAUUGCCCGAAGCCUAAAGACUGGUCUAGGGUACAGUGCAACAACUGCAAGGAGUUCGGACACACCGUCAAGCGCUGCAAGGCUCCUCCUACCGAGGACACCAACGGUGGCGGCUGGGGCGACUCUGGUGCUGAUGCUGGAGGCGUCUCUGGUGAUUGGGCCAAUGCCGACAACAAUGGCGAGGCUUCCGGCAACGGUGAUGGCUGGGGCGACGCUUCGGCUGGCGGUGGCUGGUAG